AUGCCUUUGCGCGCCAAGGUGAACAACCCAGCUAUUGCUGGGCAUGCUAGGUCGUUCUCAGCUCUCCCUGAGAUCCCCAAGGAACAGCCUGGCGACGACCCUGAUGAUGUCCUCUUCAACUCCCUCUACGGUGUCCGAUCGAUCGAGCUCAAUCGGCCCAAGAAGCUCAAUUCGUUGAACGCCUCCAUGGCGCGGAAGAUCAUUCCCAGGCUUCUGGAAUGGGAAAAAUCUCAACUGGCCAAUAUCAUCAUCAUCUUGGGCGCUGGAAGCAAGGCUUUCUGCGCUGGUGGAGACGUGACCGCCCUCGCUCAGCAGAAUAAGGAGGGCCCCGAGGGUCAGCAGAAAUCGGCGGAUUACUUCGCGCUCGAAUACCAACUGGACCACCUGAUUGCGACCUACAGCAAGCCCUACGUGGCCAUAAUGGACGGGAUUACCAUGGGUGGCGGCGUGGGCUUGAGCGUGCAUGCUCCAUUCCGGAUUGCAACCGAGCGCACUGUGUUUGCCAUGCCCGAGACCACCAUCGGUUUCUUCCCAGAUGUCGGCGGCUCUUUCUUCCUCUCGCGUCUGGACGGUGAGAUCGGGACGUACCUGGCCCUGACCUCGGAACGGCUGCACGGGGUCCAGACGUUGUACGCUGGAAUCGCGACGCACUACCUUCACUCGAGCGUCCUGGGCAACUUGACCGCUCGACUGUCAGAGCUGGUUUUUAAGGACUAUGCCAGCCUCCCGGAGCGUCUGGAUCUGGUCAACAAGACCAUCGCCGAAUUUUCCACGGGGUUGCCGCCGAUUGACGAGGAGCCGAUCCUGCUCCGGGGAUCGCUCCGCAAUGCGAUUGACCGAUGCUUCAAAUACAACACCGUGGAGGAGAUCAUCAAGGCUCUCGAGAACGAGACGAAGAACAAGGAGUGGGCGCAGAAGACCCUGGAGACGCUGUCGAUGCGCUCCCCGACCUCGCUCAAGGUGACGCUCCGCCAGCUUCGUCUGGGCAAGAAAUGGGGGAUUGCAGAGACGUUCCGGCGGGAGCACCAGAUCGCGGCGAAGUUCAUGCGGCAUCCGGACUUCGUCGAGGGCGUGUCCGCGCGGCUCAUCUCGAAGCCUCCGACCCAGGCGAAAUGGCAACCGGACAGCCUCGAGGCGGUGACGAACGAGGACGUCGACGCCUUCUUCGAGAUCCCGGACGGUCAGCAGAAACUGCCGCUCUUCAACAGCACCAACUACACGCGAUACCCCCACGCCCACUACGCGCUGCCCAGCGAGAAGGAGAUCGAGAAGUUUGUGCGCGACAACUCCAAGUCGCAGGCGCACACCGUCCAGGAGUUCGUCAGCAAGUGGGGACACAAGGAAGGCGUGCGGGAGAAGGUUGCCGAGGUGCUGGCCCGGCGGACAGUCAAGACGCCUGAAGGGUUGAGAUGGAGAGAGGAUGAGGAGUAA